CCAAAUUUGCGCGGGUUUGCUGUUGUUAUGGGAGGCUGUCAGCCAACGGUUGUCACCUCACAAAAUUAUCAAUAAGAAGGUAACUGACGGAGCUUAUGGUUGAUAUUUUAUAGUCUCGUGAUUAUAAGACGUAAUACUGCAAGAACCAACGGAUAAAAUAAAAUAAACUUCGGUUUAGAGGGACAAAAAGAGAAACAUGUCCAAGCGAGAAACGUUUUUAGCGGCCGCCUGUAAGGACAACGUGGAGGAAUUCCUCCGCUUCAUCGAGCUGCAUAAGGACAAAGCGGAGCCUUUCGAUGUGCAGGAGGUGGUGGAGGAGAUGCCCGUGGGCCAGAGAUCGACUCUCUGGGGAAAACUGGGCUCGCUCCUUCAGGACGUCCUGCAGGAGUUGCCUCCAGAGCGCUGGGUGGAGGACGGGGAAGACGGCAUGGAAGUGGAGUCCGCUGCCGACCCUACACGAGUCAUGGCUGUUGUGGACGGCGUGACGCUCGUGGCUUAUGCGUCAAUAAAGGUCCUACAAGACGGCGACACCUACGGCGCCCUUCUGGAAAUUGCCCACAGGCUUCACACGAUUCUGGUGUCGCUGCCCUUCUCGGAGGCUCCUCUGCAGCGGCAUAUCCACAUGCUCUGCGAGGCCUGGUGGAAGAAGGGGCUGAAGGAGAAAGAACAGUUUGGCCGCACGGCUUUCUUCAUCUCUCUGCAGAGGAGCUUCACCCUGAAGAAACUAGCUGUUGAGAUCCAAAGAGUCUGGAGUCUUCACGAUGUGCUUUUGAGUUUGGACUACACAUCAGAAGAAAACAAGCAGAUAACCAACUUGUUGCUCCAGUGCUUUCAUAGUCCUAAUUACAUUAGAAACGAUGACGGAAAGCGAUUCCUGGUGUUUCUCUUCAGCUGGAACGUCAACUUCAUCUGUGUUAUUCACGGCACCAUUAAAAAGCAGCUGCCGUUUUAUAGCAAGACCAUGACUACUCACAUUAUGGAGAUCUACUACAGAGCAUGGAAGAAGGCAAACGGCGACUUCCUGGAGAAGAUUGAAAGCUCAUGCAUUCAGGAUUUUAUGCAGAAUGCGAUCUUCCUUCGUAGAGCAUCUCCUGUGCAUGCCAAAGUCCGGCAGAUCAUGAGCUACUUCCACUCACGGCAAGGCUGUAACAAGGUGGACAAGAUGCUCUGUAAUCUCUACAAGCCCAUUCUCUGGAAAGCUCUAAGUGUUCCAAACUUUGAGGUGCGUGCAAAUGCCACUCUGCUUUUCACUGAGGCCUUCCCGGUCCACGACCCCGAGCAGAACAACCAGAUUAUAGAUGAGACCGUUCAAAAGCAGCUGGACACAGCAAUGGGCCUCCUGGAUGAUCCUCAUCCCACUGUGCGCUCCAAUGCUACGCUGGGAGUGUGCAAGAUCCUGGCCAAGUGCUGGGAGCUCCUUCCUCCCACGAUCAUCACAGACUUCCUGAAGAAGCUGGUGACGGAGCUGGCGGCUGACAAAAGCUCCGCCGAUGUCCGGUGCUCGGUCUUUAAGUGUCUGACUAUUGUCCUGGACAACAAUCUAAGCCAUCCGCUGUUGGAAAAACUCCUGCCCACCCUCAAGUACAGCCUUCACGACAAGUCGGAGAAAGUGCGCGUGGCUUUCCUGGACAUGCUCAUCAAGAUCAAGGCCGUCCGCGCUGCCAAGUUUUGGGACGUGUGCAACAUGGACCACCUGCUGGCCCGCCUGGCUAUCGACUCCCAUCCGGUCUCCAAGCGCAUCGUCAACCUGCUCUUCAAGUCCUUCUUCCCCGUCAACGACCCGGAGCGCGAGUGGUGCUGCCGCUGCAUCACCCUCCUCCAGAUGAACCCCAUGGCUACCCGGAAGUUCUACCAGCUCGCCCACAAACACACAGCACCCACUAACAUAAUAAAGCUGAUGUUGGCCAUUCGCCGUGUUGUGAACAGCUGCAUCCAGAGCGACUGUGACCAGUCCGACUUUAUCGACAGCAACAAGGAGAACAGCAAAGCUCAACCUUCGCUGGGCAACGACACGGCCGUCCUCUCCGGUCUGCUGGAGGUCGUGGUCAUCCUUUGGAGAAGUGUCACAAAGGCCCUCAAACAAAACGAAGAGGCCCGCAAGUACACUUUGGCCAAGUUUGGAAGUGUGAUGAACAAGUAUUUCCAGACCUUUGAGGACGAGCGCUGCACCGCUCCUCUCAUCCAGCUGGCCUCCUUCAUGCCCCCGGCCGCGGCUCCAACCUUCAGCUGCGGCGUGCUGUCCCGACUGAGGCGGAUGGACUCGUGCGCAGGGCCGAAGCAGUACAGCCAGCUGUUGGACUGCAUGUGCAGCUGGGGCCAGGCCGCUCACGUCCUCGAGCUCGUCACCGACUGGCUCACCGAGGCUCUGCCCAAGCAAGGGGACAGCGGCAGACGAAAGGUGCGUAUCCAGGAGACGGCGGAGGCCAAACCGGACCUGGCCCUGGCGUACCUGGAGUACCUGUUCAUUCGCCCGUCGCUGCGGGACCAAGUGCUGGCCCUCGGCCCGCCACCUCUGAAGCAGCUGCACGAGGUUCUAGGAAACUGGAGGUCAGUGCUGUACACUCACCUCAGCGCCGCCGCUGAAGAUGCUAAAUACCCCAGCGUGGAGACGGCACUGAAAGCCUUUGUGCAUCACGGUCAACUCAGUGCGCAUCUGCAGCAUAGCUCCUCAGAAGGUCGAGAGCACCUGCUCUCUCUGGAGCACGUGGCAGCGUGGGUAGCUGAGAGGGUGUUGCCCUUCCUCGCUAAACGUACCACCAACGACAAUGAUGAUGAUGGUGCUGAAAAGGAUUCCGAGAAGUUGCAGCCGCUUGCUGCGCGAAUAACCGAGAGUUUCCUCGCGGUGUGCCGAGACGUUUUGCUCGUGGGUUUGGCUGACGAGGCGUUCACGGGUCAAAUCCUCCACUUGUGCUCCCUCACCCUCCUCUCAGAGGCGGGCUACCUCUGCAUUCCCGCGGUGCUGCAGAUUUUGAAGGACGUGUCCGACAGCCACCUGCCCAAGCACAACAAGAACGACCCGUCUCAGGAACACGUGGAAGAUGGGACCACUGUUGCUCUGGGCGUGGUUGCCAACAUCUUCCAGAAGAUCAUCGAGCUUCUGGCUCGUCGUCUCAGGAAGGACCCGGAGGAGGGAAAACAGCUGUGUCACUCCGCCGUUCCCGGCCUGGCGGACUUCCUUAAGGUGGCGCAGACCUGGGACAAAGCACCUCUGUACGGGGUCUUCUCCACUCUCUUUGCCGUGGUGGUGGUGGAGAAGAGACAUUUGCUUCAGAAGAUGACCCGUCCUGAAGAGGUGGUCACUCCAGAGUCAGUGGAGGACUUGCCUCCUCUGUCCGGCCUCCUACUGUCUGUCAUCCUCAAAUCCUCCUCCCUUACCAGGGCUUUUUUGACAGAAGUCUGCUCGUCGUUCGACUCCGAGUCCAUCAGCAGCCUGCACGAGCUGGCUGCCGUCCUGCACGUGCUGGCGGUCAUCGGACGCACGGGGCAGUCUAAAGCGAGUUUGAGGAGCGCCGCCACAUCCGUCCAGCAGCAGAUUCACAAACACGCCGUCACAUCCGGAGACACCAGAGACGUCCAGAGGCUUAUUUAUGAAUCUUCAGUGAAGACCGUGAACGAAAUUCUGGAUUUAUGAGUCAACCUCUUUGAUUUGUGAUAUCUAACAUCUCUUUUGUGUUUUAUGGCACUGAGGAGAUCAGUAUAUUCUGCUUUUCUCUUUGCAUUAGAAAACCCACAACACAGCUAUACAGUUUCUUAUAUUGAGUGUUACUCUUCUUAAACGCUGUUGCUGCACAGUUUAAAUAAAAACAAACCACAUAUGAAAUACAUAUAUUUUUUCAUGUCUUACUAUAUUUAUGUAUCUUUUGAAUCUGUCAGCCGUACCUCAUUUCUAAUAAGAAUAAAGCAAUUUAUUAAUCCACCUAAA